AUGCUUGUUAUUUUUCGUACACUUACUUUUGUUGCGUCAAUAGUAUAUGCGGGAACAGAGCAAUGUCCUCCAUCAAAAUCGUCUAUUGAAAAUGAACUUCAUCGUGUUCAUAUCCCAGGUCUCGCAGCCAUAGUUGUCAAUGCUACGAAUGUUCUCUACAGUGAAGGUUUCGGUUACCAUUCGCCUUUAUCUACUCAGCAUCCAAUUGAUCCGUCGCGAUCGAUUUUUGUCAUUGCUUCUAUUUCGAAGACAUUCGUCGCGUUAGCUGCGAUGCAAUUAGUCGAAAGCGAAGUUCUCAACCUCGAUAACGAUGUUAAUUAUUAUCUCAAAUUUCCUACACGAAUAAUUCAUCCAUUGUUUCCAAAUGCAACCAUUACAAUGCGUCAUAUCCUUUCACACUCGACAGGUCUGGGAUCGAAUUAUGAAGAAGACUUUCAGCACGGCAUGCCAGGAGAUGAUUUCGUAAAAACAAAUUUCACCGAAGUAGUUCUCCGAUAUUUGACAAGCACUGCUAGUUGGCUUUCGAAAGCACCCGGCGAUGUUACAUAUUAUUCGAAUAUCAAUGCAGCAUGGGCUGCUUUAGUUGUCGAACGGAUCUCACAUCUAUCAUUCGAACGAUACGUUCGAUUGAUGAUUCUCGAUCGAUUAGACAUUGAAUGGACAGAAGCGAGCUACCGUUUGGCAGACUUUGCUUCGAGACGUGAGGAUAUUGUUGAGCAUUUCCUCUACAAUACAUCUUUGUUAGCUACUUAUCAACAAAUUAUUCCACAAUUGAAUGUUGUUCAGGCAGCAAACUCCUCCGAUUGGCUCUAUCUACCUCCUUACAGUAUCAGUGUCUAUCCAGCAGCUAUGCUUCGAAUGUCAGCUUACUCUCUAUCGAUCUAUCUUCAAUCGUUCCUGAAUAAUUUCACUCCCCGUCUUCUUAAGAAAUCCUCAACAGUCGACGAAAUGUUGCGCAUUGUUCGCCAGGAAGGUCCUGUCGAUGAACCUGAUGUGCAGUAUGCACUCAUUUGGAACUGGCGAACUCAGAAGAGUCGACGUCUUGUUGGUCACCGAGGAUGGAUGCCUGGUAUUGCUCAUUCAAUGAUGACGAAUGCAGAACGCAGUUUAGGAGUGAUCCUGUUGUCUAGCGGCGAUAUUACUUGGGGAGACGCUUUGGCUCAACAAGUAUCAUCGACUCUAAAAAAUAAGAACAACAGCAAUGUUGGCAAUUUCCUAUGUUGGAUUUUUCCAAAUGUCGAUUGUGCCACCUAUAUAUGUAUAUGUUCUACAGUGUUACACAACAUUAACAUCUACAAUUGCAUUUUAUUGCAAAAGAACCCAGCUCCAUUAUGUUUCGCAGAACCUAAAGAUCCAAUAGAGUUUCCUUUCAAACCUCCUGCUGUACGAUUUACUACGCAAAUUUUUCAUCCGAAUAUAAGUACAAGCGGAGAAAUCUGCUUGGACAUUCUGCACUCUCAGUGGUCACCAGCUUUGACGAUCCGCGGUCUUCUGAUCUCGGUAUGUUCAUUGCUGACCGAUCCGAAUCCAGAACAUGGAUUGAAUAAAGAAGCGUUGAAACUCUUUCGAACAGAUCGCCAGACGUACGACCAAUUGGCGAAACAAUGGACAGAACUAUACGCGAAAUGA